UCAUUUGAUGAGCGAAUAAAUGAGAGCGCGGAAAUUAUCUUUGAUCUUUUUUGAAUUUUAUUUAAAUGUAUAAAAGCAGUUGAACAUUGAAUAAUAUCUAUUGAUUGUCAUCCAGAAAACGUUCACGGAAAAUCACAAAAUAAUCAAAGCGCAUGCACUCUGAAUGGCGGCAAAGACAUCAAAACAUACUUCUGGGGGCGCUGGAUAUUGUGUAGUGUCGUCCUCAACGAAAACGCAGCUACAACGUGGAAGUGGUCUUCUUUGUUUCACCUGCAGUUUAUGCUUUAUUUUAAGUUUAAUCUGCACAUGUUUAACCACAUUGUUGGUUCUUUUCGAUCAAAAAGUUGAAGCCGCCAGCUAUCAAUAUUCACUCACAGCGAUGAAUAUAGGGAUGAUUCCCGAUUUAUCCUUCCGGUUACCAAAGGAAGUAAAACCCCUGCAUUAUGAUGUGUAUUUGCAUCCGGAUCUCGAUAAGGGAACGUUUCAAGGUAAAGUCACAAUCCUGAUCGAUGUGUUCGAUAGAAGAAGUUACAUAGCGCUUCAUCAAAAGGAUCUGAACAUUACGAGAACUACACUCAAGACUUAUGACCGCGAGGAAAACUUUGAAUUCGAAUUGUUAGAUAUUAUACAAAUACCAAAGCAUGAAAUGUUUGUAAUAUCAACAAAGAAUGAACUUCAUACAGGAUUAUACAAUUUAAGCUUCGAAUUCAAUGGCGCCUUACAACCGGAUAAAAUUGUUGGUUUUUAUUCCAGUAAAUAUAAAGAUGCGAAAAACAAAAUUAGAUAUAUUGCAACAUCGAAAUUUGAACCUACAUAUGCCCGAAGAGCAUUUCCUUGUUUCGAUGAGCCAGUUUUUAAAGCGGAAUUUACAGUAAGAUUGGUUCAUCCUUCUGGAGAUUAUUAUAGUGCCUUAUCCAAUAUGAAUGCUGAGUGUACACAAAUAAAUCAACCAUUGCCAGGAUUGACAACGGUAACAUUUGCAAAAAGCGUACCAAUGUCGACAUAUUUAUCUUGCUUCAUAGUUAGUGAUUUUGUUGCUCUUACCAAAAUGGCGAAAGGUCAAAAUGAUCGUCAGUUUCCGGUCAGUGUAUAUACCACAAAAGCCCAAGAAGAAAAAGGCGCAUUUGCUCUCGAUAUAGGCGUGAAAAUCAUCGAAUAUUAUAUUAAUUUAUUUAGAAUUGAUUAUCCCUUGCCAAAACUUGAUAUGGCUGCUAUUCCUGAUUUUGUAUCUGGUGCCAUGGAGAAUUGGGGAUUAGUUACAUAUAGAGAAGCGAGAUUAUUAUAUGAUAACGAAACAAAUUCUACUUUAAAAGCUUACGAUAUUGUCAAUGUAAUCAGUCAUGAAUUUGCACAUAUGUGGUUUGGAAAUUUAGUUACUAUGUCUUGGUGGAAUGAUUUGUGGCUAAAUGAAGGUUUUGCUUCUUUCAUGUCAUAUGUGAGCGCGGAUGCUAUUCUUCCUGAUUGGGGAAUGAUGGAUCUGUUUCUAAUCGAACAAAUGCAUUCUGUCUUUGUAACUGAUGAAAAAUUGAGUUCUCAUCCUAUUGUACAAACAGUAAAUAAUCCUGAUGAAAUUACUGCGAUAUUUGAUGAAAUAUCUUACAAAAAAGGAUCAUCAAUCAUUCGAAUGAUGGAAAAUUUCAUAAAAUCAGAAGUCUUUUAUGGUGCUAUUUCUACUUAUUUAAAUAAAUUUAUAUACGCUAAUGCAGAAACUGCAGAUCUUUUUAAGAUUUUAGAAGAAUCUUCAGCGGAUAACUUGAAUGUGACGGCUAUAAUGAAUACAUGGACCAGACAAAAAGGAUUUCCAGUAGUAAAUGUAAAAAAAUCUGACAAUACAUACAUAUUGACUCAAAAGCGAUUUUUGAUCGAUCCUGAUGCAAAGUUUGAUGCUUCAGAAUCUGAAUAUGGGUAUAAAUGGACUAUUCCAAUCACGUAUAUCACAGACAAAAUAUCUAAACCUAUUCUUAUCUGGUUUAAUAAAGAUUCCAAAGAUUUGGUAAUAAAAUUCGAAGAACCAAUCGACUGGAUUAAAUUUAAUGCUAAUGAAGUUGGAUACUAUCGUGUCAAUUAUGAAUUAAACGAGUGGAAUAUUCUUUGCAAUCUUCUUCGAUGCCAACAUGAAACAUUAUCAGUAUCUGAUAGAGUGCAUCUUUUAGAAGAUGCAUUUAGUCUAGCGAGUGCUGGAGAACUCGAUUAUGGAGUGACAAUGAAUAUGACUGAGUAUCUUCUUCGAGAAAAACAUGCUAUUCCAUGGAAUGUGGCUUCUUCAAAAUUAAGAGCUAUCGAUAUCUUGUUAUCAUCUACAAAUUCCUCAUUAAAAUUCAAGAAAUAUGUGAGAGAUUUAGUAGAUAGUAUUUAUCAUGAAGUAGGAUGGACCGUAAACAAUGCUGAUAGUCGUAUCUUUCAGAAACUUCGAACGAUAAUUUUACGAUUGGCUUGUUCUGUGGAACAUAACGAAUGCAUUAAAGAAGCGGGAAAAUUAUUUAAAAACUGGAUUUCAGAUCCCAAAGAUGUUCGGCCACAUCCUGAUAUUCGUGAUCUUAUCUAUUAUUAUGGAAUACAACAUGAUGGUAACAGAGAUAUAUGGGAUAUUAUGUUCCAAAGAUUUGUAACUGAAACUGAUUCAGCAGAGAAAUUGAAUUUAAUCCGUGGAUUAGCUGGAAUACAAUCUAGUUGGAUUUUGAAUGAAUUUAUUACAACAGCUACAGAUGAAAAUUAUGUCCGUGCUCAAGACUUCUUUAGUUGUUUAAUAGCUAUUUCAGAGAAUCCAAUUGGAACACCAUUAGUCUGGGAUUGGGUACGCUCCAAUUGGGAAUUCUUAGUGAAUAGAUAUACUCUAAACGAUCGUUAUCUUGGUUCACUCAUUCCAUCUAUUACAAAGACUUUUGCUACGGAGAUAAAAUUAAAUGAAAUGGAAAAUUUUUUUAUUAAGUAUCCCGAUGCUGGAGCUGGAGCUAUGAAUCGUGCUAAAGCAUUAGAAACAGUAUCAAAUAAUAUAAAAUGGUUAGCUAAGAAUAGUGGGAAAAUAGAAAGUUGGUUAAAUUCUCAUGUACAAAAUAACUGAAUAGAGUUGAUAAAGAUAUUAUUUAUUAUCGUUACAUUUGACAUAAAAAUCCUAUUUUUUAAAUUCUAAUCUCAAUAAUAGAAUUUACAGAAAAAAAAGAUGUUAUAAAAGAAUAUUAUGAAAGCAUAAAAGACAAUAAUAACGUGUAUUUUUUAUUUUCUAUUUUGAUUAAUAAAUAAAUGUAAUUAUACAAAGAAAA